AUGAUGAUGGGAUCCCCGGGCCGCCCCCAGCGCUCCACAGGCGCGCCGCCCGGCUCCAGCCCGCGCGCGGCCACUCGGAGCCGCCCGGCCCGGCCCCGCCUCCGCGGCGCCCCUAGCCCGGCCGGCCCCCGUCCGGCCCGAGUGGGCGGCGCAGCGCGGGGGAGGGGUCGGAGGGGCGUCCCCGCCCCGGGCGCGGACACGCGCAGGCACCCCGCGUCACGCGAGGCCGACCAGGCGCACGCGGGGGCUGCGCCGGGGGACCCAGGAUCCCCGUCCCCCCGCGCCCCCACUCCGAGAGCCGGUCGGCUCAGGACUCGGCCGCGGCCGCGGGUCACCCUCUACCCCUACCCGGGCCCCGGGGCCAGCGGCAGCUGGUCAUUGUUCGAGCACAAAGGGCCGGGCGCCAAGGCGGCCGCCCUUCCCCCUCCGCUUCUUCGGUCGAAGCCUCCCCCGCAAGACACACUCUCGGGCUUCGGAGUCCAGAGCGAGACGCCGAGGGUCGGCUGCCCCUCCCCCGCCCCAACCCCUGCUACCGGGACCCUGCGCCCCAGGAUGAGUCGGGGGCCGAGGCUCGUGCCGGGCCUGCCCCCCACCCCCAGCGGUUGGUGGAGGAAUAUUUGGACUUGCGGAGGCGGCGCCACCUGGCGGCGCAUUCGGGAUAAGGGCACCACGAACAUGUUCGGGUGAAGGAAGGAGUGGAGCCCAGGUCACCCCACCCAGUGCAAGUCUCCAG